AUGCCUGCUAAGUUUUAUCCUGGUCCAAUUGCUUUAUCGAGAUUUAGAAUUAAUAAUUUGGUUAAAAAUAUUAUUCAAAACUAUAAUAGUUCAGAUGAUUCAUUGAUUACAGAUAUUCAUACUUCGUUUAUUCAUUUUGUUGAUUUCAAUGAAAACUUGAUUUCUGAUGAAGACGAUUUGAAUUUGUUGAAAAUUUUAUUGACUUAUGAUAAUGAACUGACUGAAAAUGAUAAAUUAUUAUCUGAUGCUAUUGAAAACAAUUUGAAAAAUGCUUCUUUACCUGAAAAUUAUCAUAUUAUUAGGAUUGUUCCAAGGUAUGGUACUAUUUCUCCAUGGUCAUCAAAGGCUACUAAUAUUAUUCAAGUCUGUGGUUUAGGUGAAAAAAUAAAAAGAGUAGAGAGAGGUAUUGCAAUUUUAUUUAAAUGUAACGAUGAAAAAUUGAUUGAGUUCUGGAAAAAUGAAUCAUUUAAUUCUUUCACAUCUGUAUUCGAUAAAAUGACCCAUUCUAUAUUCAUUGAUGAUGAAUUCCCUGCUCUUGAAAAAAUAUUCAAUAACGACACUCCAAAACCAUUGGUCCAUGUUCCAUUGGUCUCUAAUGAUAAAGAUCCAAGAGAAGUGUUGAAAAAAGCUAAUAUUAAACUGGGAUUAGCACUGGAUGACGAUGAAAUUAAUUAUUUGGUCAAUGCAUUUGUAAAUAUUUUGCAUAGAAAUCCAACUGAUGUGGAAUUAUUCAUGUUUGCUCAAGUUAAUUCGGAGCAUUGUCGUCACAAGAUCUUCAAUGCUGAUUGGACUAUAGACAAUGAAAAAAAGGAUUUAUCUUUAUUUAAAAUGAUACAAAAUACUCAUAAUCUUACAAAAGAGUUUAUUAUAAGCGCAUAUUCAGAUAAUGCUGCUGUUAUUGACACGCAAAAUGAGGCUUAUUAUUUUGCUCCAGAAUUUAACACUAAAAAUUGGACCUCUGUGAAAGAAAAUAUCCCACUUUUAAUAAAAGUCGAAACACAUAAUCAUCCAACUGCUGUUUCUCCAUUCCCAGGUGCCGCAACUGGUUCAGGGGGUGAAAUAAGAGAUGAAGGUGCCACCGGCAGAGGUUCUAAGACAAAGUGUGGAUUAAGUGGGUUUUCUGUCAGUGAUCUUUUGAUUCCAAACCAUAGACAACCAUGGGAGUUAGAUGUUUCAAAACCUUCUCACAUUGCGUCAGCUUUUGAUAUUAUGAAGGAAGCCCCACUGGGUUCUGCUGCUUUCAAUAACGAAUUUGGUAGACCGUGUAUAAAUGGUUACUUCCGUACUCUAUUAACUAAGGUGUUGGAUUCCGAUAAUAAAGAAGAGUUGCGUGGAUUUCACAAACCUAUUAUGAUUGCUGGUGGAUUUGGCACUGUCAGACCACAAUUUGCAUUAAAGGACAAGCCAAUCACGCCAGGUUCCUGUCUUGUUGUUUUGGGUGGGGAAUCUAUGCUAAUUGGUUUAGGUGGUGGUGCUGCCUCAUCCGUUGCCUCUGGUGUUGGAUCUGCCGAUUUGGAUUUUGCAUCUGUUCAAAGAGGUAAUCCAGAAAUGGAACGUCGUUGUCAACAAGUUAUUGACGCAUGUGUUUCAUUAGAUACAAAAAAUCCAAUCCAGUCUAUUCAUGAUGUUGGUGCUGGUGGUCUAUCAAAUGCCUUACCAGAAUUGGUACAUGACAACAACUUAGGAGCUGUUUUUAACAUAAGAAAUAUUUUGUCAUUGGAGCCAGGCAUGUCUCCUAUGGAAAUUUGGUGCAAUGAAUCCCAAGAACGUUAUGUUCUUGGUGUUGCAAAGGAGGACUUAACAGUUUUUGAAGAAAUUUGUAAAAGAGAAAGAGCACCAUACUCUGUUGUUGGACAUGCAACAGAAGAACAAAGAUUGGUUGUUGAAGAUCCUUUAUUUGAAUCUAAAACAAUUGAUUUAGAUUUAUCAAUCUUAUUCGGUAAACCUCCAAAGAUGUCAAAAUCAGCUAUCACUGAGCCAUUAAACUUACCUGAGAUUGAUUACUCUGUUAUUCCAUCACUAGAUGAUGCUGUAAGCAGGGUUUUGAGUUUACCAGCAGUUGGAUCUAAAUCAUUUUUGAUUACCAUUGGUGAUAGAUCUGUCACUGGCUUGAUAGAUAGAGAUCAAUUUGUUGGCCCAUGGCAAGUUCCUGUAGCUGACGUUGGUGUGACAGGUACAUCUCUAGGUCCAGAAAUUGUGUCAACCGGUGAAGCAUUAGCUAUGGGUGAAAGACCAAUUAACGCAUUAAUUUCUGCAUCCGCAUCUGCCAAACUAUCUGUUGCAGAAUCUCUAUUGAAUCUGUUUGCAGCUGAUGUUAAAUCUUUAAAACAUGUUAAAUUAUCUGCCAAUUGGAUGUCUUCCGCAUCUCAUAAAGGUGAAGGCACAAAAUUAUAUGAAGCUGUUCAGGCAAUUGGAUUAGAUUUAUGUCCAGAUCUAGAUAUUUCAAUCCCAGUUGGUAAAGAUUCGAUGUCCAUGCAAAUGAGAUGGGAUGAUAAGGAAGUUACCAUUCCGUUAUCCUUAGUUGUUACAGCAUUUGCACCAGUUAAUAAUACUUCUAAAACAUGGACACCAUUAUUAGACAGAUCAUCUGAGAAUUCAUUAUUAGUUCAUGUUGAUUUAUCAAACUUACAAAAAGAAAAAUCAUUAGGCGGCUCAUCUUUAUUACAAGUGUAUAAUCAGGUUGGUAACCGUUCACCAACCGUAUAUGACAAUAAGGUUCUAAAAUCCUUUUUGGAAGCAAUUAUUGAACUACAUCAGACAGAUAUCGUAUCUGCUUACCACGAUGUAUCAGAUGGUGGUUUGUUAGUAACAUUAUUAGAAAUGUCAUUUGCUUCAAGAUGUGGUUUGGAUAUUACUAUUGAUUUCUCUAGAUAUGAGAGCGAGUACAUUCCAUUAUUUAAUGAAGAAAUUGGUUCAGUAUUCCAAGUUUCAGAGAGUAAAAUUGAUUUAUUCAGAAAUAUUUUAAAAGAUCAUGGUAUCUCUGAAGAUUUUAUUCAGAUUGUUGCUAAACCUACUUUUAAUUCACAAGCAAUUAGAAUUUUAAGUGAGGACAAUAUGCUAGUAUAUGAAAAUACUAGAGGUAAAUUGCAAAGUAUCUGGUCAAAAACCUCUUACUUGAUGCAAAAAUUAAGGGAUAACCCAGAUUCUGCAGACGAAGAAUUUGAAAACAUCAAAGAUGACUCUGAUCCUGGUUUACAUUACGACUUAUCAUUUGAUGUAACUGAUGACAUGAAGAUUGGUUCUCAACUUUCUUCAUUUAAGCCUAAGGUAGCAAUUUUAAGAGAGCAAGGUGUGAAUGGUCAAAUGGAAAUGGCUUGGUGUUUUCAACAAGCUGGCUUUACUUCAGUUGAUGUCACAAUGACUGAUUUAAUCAAUGGAAGAGUUCAUUUAAAUGACUUCAUUGGUUUUGCUGCUUGUGGUGGUUUUUCAUACGGCGAUGUGCUCGGUGCAGGUGCAGGUUGGGCUAAAUCCGUUCUAUACCAUGAACAUGUUCGUCAACAAUUUAUUACCUUUUUCCAAGAGCGUCAAGAUACGUUCGCAUUCGGUGCAUGCAACGGGUGCCAAUUUUUGAGUAGAUUAAAGAGCAUUAUUCCAGGUGCUAAAAAUUGGCCAAGUUUCGAAAAAAAUGUAAGUGAACAGUAUGAAGCUCGUACAUCUAUGGUUGAAAUUGUUCACACUACUGGACCAGAAACAGUAUUUUUAAACGGCAUGAUUGGAUCUAGAAUGCCAAUAGCUGUUGCACACGGUGAGGGUAAAACUACUUUUGCCAGUGACAGCGAAAUGAAUAAAUUUGAGAAUGCCAGUUUAACUGCUAUUAGAUAUAUCGAUAAUUAUGGUAACCAUACUAGCAAAUAUCCUUAUAAUCCAAAUGGUUCUGCUCAUGCAAUCGCAGGUAUCAGGUCACCAAAUGGAAGAGUUUUGGCUAUGAUGCCACAUCCUGAAAGAGUAUGUAGAUUGGAAGCAAAUUCUUGGUACGAACCUGAUAAAUAUGAUGAAUGGAAGGGAUAUGGCCCUUGGAUUAGACUAUUCAGAUCAGCUAGAAGAUGGGUUGGUUAA